UUAUAAAUACAAAUAGUUACCAACCUCAUGUUAAUAUUUCUUUCUAUUUUCCCCCAUCCAAUCUUUGGUUUCGGUCCGGCGGCAGUGGUGUUAACGCCCUUUUGGGCUGGACCGGGUCUGGGAUUAAUUGGACCGGAACAGAUCCAAGCUGGGCGCUAUUUGCCCCCUUCGGAACUGGAAGAUAAGGGUUUUGGAGUCGAGAAGGGGCCAUGGCGGAGAAGGGGGCCGAGAGAGACGAGCUCGCGGAAUCGCUUGAGGAUCUCUUCGCCAACGUCUCCUCCAUGAUCAAAGGCGAGCUCGAGGGAACUAAUAAUCAACUACGGCUUCUGGAGAAGAUGAACCAAAGAGUGGCAGAGGAAUACGAUGGUUUCAGUGAUGUUGCAUCUGGACUAAGAGUCUUCGUGGAGCAACUUAGUGAGAAAAAUCAGGGCUUUGAUGAGUAUGUGAAGCAGGUUGAUGUGAUAGACCAGCAAGUUACUGAAUUUGAAGCUGUUGUUUCGAUGCUUGAUAAAUAUGUGUGUCUAUUGGAAAAAAAAGUACAAUCUGCAUAUCGUAACAUACCCACUUAAUAUUUCUUGUUCAUAGAUUUGAGUGAUUUUUUGUUCUUUCAAACCAAUCUCAUAAGUAAAAGAGCUGAUUGGUAGCUGCCAAUCUUUUGUCA